UAGUUGCUUAUAAAACGUAAACAUUGCGUUCUUGAAUUCUGGAAUUUGUGUAUUGUGCUCAAAAUGGGUGAACGCAAAGGCCAAAACAAAUACUAUCCGCCGGACUAUGAUCCCAAGAAGGGCGGACUUAAUAAAUUUCAGGGCACUCAUGCCCUGCGCGAACGUGCCCGCAAAAUUCAUCUGGGCAUCAUCAUCAUACGUUUUGAGAUGCCCUAUAACAUCUGGUGUGAAGGCUGCAACAAUCACAUAGGCAUGGGUGUGCGGUAUAACGCAGAGAAGACGAAAACCGGCAUGUACUAUACUACUCCUGUGUAUAAAUUUCGCAUGAAGUGUCAUUUAUGCGAUAAUCAUUUUGAAAUACAAACGGAUCCUGGCAAUCUGGACUAUGUGAUACUGUCGGGAGCGCGACGGCAAGAGAAUCGCUGGGAUCCAUUGCAGAACGAGCAGGUGGUGCCUGAAACCAAAGAGGUGCAAAAGAGACUUUUCGAUGAUGCUAUGUACAAGCUGGAGCAUCAGGCAAAAGAUGCCAAGGCGGCGGCAGAUGUGAAGCCUGUGCUACAAAAGCUUGUAGAGCGAAAUAAAAGCGUCUGGAAUGAUAGCUACGAGGCCAAUUGUCAACUGCGUGCCGCUUUUCGGCAGCAAAAGACUGAAAUCAAAGGACAACAGGAGCUGGAUCGCCAGCUGCUGGCCAAGAGCAGUCUGGACAUAGCGUUGCUGCCAGAAGUGCCGCAGGACCGAGAGAUGGCUGCGCUGAUGAAACUGCAAACAAAAUCGGCCAUAGAGCGCGAGUCAGAACAGCGACUAGACCUGCUCAUGCGUCCUGCUUUGCCAGGUGCUACAACUACCACCUUUGGCGGGCUCAAACGCCAAAAGGUACUUAACACACAGCUGCAGCUACAAGAUCUGGGCAUUAGACGCAAGGAAGCAAAAGCUGCAGCAGAGCAGCAAUCGUCGCUUAGUCUAGUGGGCGACUAUGAUAGCUCUAGCUCUGGCAACAGCAGUCCGGAUACUAAAGGUUAAAAAACAUUUUUAGACACUCAAUAAAUUAAUAUAUU